GGGCGUCCCAUGCCACCAGGUCUCCUCCCUCCCUCUGCGCAAAUGAAAUCACAAUUGGGCCAUGCCAUGCCGACCUCCGCCUCUCAUCAAUCGCCUGCCUCCUCCACCACCACCUGCUCUGCUCUCCCACCACCAACCAUAACCACAACAACACAGCUCUCGUCCCAGGCCCAUCCUCUCCUUCUUCUUGGCACACUGCCAUAUCGCCCUGUGUCGCUAGCUCUGCCCUUCCAACCAACAAACUCUGAUUGUUCCGCAACCCUCCAACCGACCCGGGGCAUUCACAACUCCCUUUCGUCAUCAUUUCCCUCCCUCUCUCCUGUUGCCUUGGUUGUGCAUCCCUCCCAACUGGCAGCUCCCUCCUCGCUCCAACACGCCGCCGCCGCCCCAACCCACUCUGAUCCAUCUCGCCUGCUCGCCAUCGACCGACCCGCCCUCGCGCCUACUCGCUCCCAUCGGGUGUACGUGUGUGGUGUGUGUGUGUGUGUUACUAGCCAACUCUGAAUCAGCUCUGUCAAUCGAAGAAACCGCCUCUUUUUCUUGCCGCCGAAACAGCAUCCUGCAACGCAACCCGGAAAGGCGCCGACGCUCUACGCAGCUCAAGACGACUGGCUCACCCGACGGGUUCCGCCGCCUCCCUAAACAAACCUCCCUAUUUCCGUCGACAGACCUGCUGAGCCCCCUCAUCUUCGCACGCUCUGCCAUCUCUCGUUCCGUCUCUCGCUCUCCAACAACUGCACUGUCUCGACAAUACAGGUGCUCCCCUCCUCAGUUUCGCCAUGACUGGAAGGUUGCAGCUUCACAAGCUGGUAGUGCUAGGGGAUGGCGGUGUUGGCAAAACCGCUCUAACUAUCCAAUUAUGUCUACAACACUUCGUCGAAACCUACGACCCGACGAUUGAGGACUCGUAUCGGAAACAGGUUGUGAUAGAUGACCAGGCCUGCAUGCUCGAGGUGCUCGAUACGGCCGGUCAGGAGGAGUACACGGCACUGCGGGAUCAGUGGAUAAGGGACGGCGAGGGCUUCGUCUUGGUAUACAGCAUCUCGUCACGGUCGUCCUUCUCACGCAUCAAGAGGUUCCACCACCAGAUCCAAAGGGUAAAAGAGUCGUGCGCCUCGUCACCCUCAUACCCCGGCUCGCCUAUGUCCAACCCCAACGUACCGACGCCUGUGCCGAUAAUGCUGGUGGGGAACAAGAGCGAUCGUGUGACUGAGCGCGAGGUGUCGACCCAAGAAGGUCAUGCUCUCGCGCGCGAGCUGGGCUGUGAGUUCGUCGAGGCAUCGGCCAAGAACUGUAUAAACGUCGAGAAGGCAUUUUACGACGUUGUCAGGAUCCUGCGCCGGCAACGCCAGCAGGCCGCCCGCCCGCCCAUGCCCGGCGGCGGACGCACCAAGACCAACGACACCUCCAAGAGCAGCCGGUACGACAGCUACGACAAAGGGGGCUCCCAUCGUGGCAAGGAGAACAAGCCAAAAAAGCAGGCUAUCAAGUGUGUCAUCCUUUGAUUCAUACCCUCUCGAUGGCCCAUAUGACACAAAUACGCCGCUUCGCCUCGGCGAACCUAUUCGUCUCCUGGGCCGGGGACCUGUCUUGGGUGGUUGUGGGACCUGAAAUGGCGCUCUACUCAAGGCCACGGCUGCCCUGUUCGCCCUCGGAUCACGGCAGAUGGCCAGAAGGCUUUUGAGCUGGGCUAGACUGUGCCAACGGGCGAAGCCGCAUGCUCCGGGAUUCUUUGAUGUCUCUUCCCCGAUCUGGCCGGCUUUCAAACCCCCAUCGGUCUCUGCGAGAAAUGGCCGACGAGGCGAGACGCUCGGAUCGUCUCGGUUGUCGCGCAUCUUUGACUUCCGAACGAUCGACACGGCAGCUCACUUGCUCGUUCCCGAUCCAUCCUCGGCCCGGAAGCGAGGUACCUGUUGACGAUGGCAUUUUUCUGGCCUUGACGGCCGGCGACGAAUGGCGUACGAUACCACCAAAAACACAAUAAAAGUUACGACGCGAGGCAUCACUUUUCACUUCAGGCGCAGACAUCUUUUCACCUACCAACCUAUCUAACCCAAUAUCUUCCCCGAUGUCGACCACACGGUUUAUUUUAUGCCAUAUUUAACUUUAAAGAAUUUGAAUGGCAACGGUUUUCUACCUGGCUUGGCUACCUGGUGUUUUCGGAGUCUGGAUGUUUUAUCACGACCUGCGACCUAUCUUCCAGCUGUGUGACCCAACUUGCAACUGCGCUUUUUUUCUUACCCCACCUCGCUUUUUUUUUUUCAUCUUAUUUCCCUAUAACUACGCUCAUGCUACUUAUUUCUACUUUUCAACCCUUAUUUCUUCUUGGCCGAUAUCAUUUUGGUUCUUUUGCAUUUUGACUAGGGAAACACUUGCCUCGUCCAUGAUCGGGAACGUCCCUGCAGCGCGCCCAAGGCCCUGAUGGAUUCUGCCUAGUCGCGGCUGUUGGGCAGGACGUCAGGGGGCUACUCGGCUGUUGGGUACCACCACCACAGUGGCGAACUGCUUGCAGGAGGCGGUUUGGUCUUGGACGGGCAGGGGUUGCAUUACAUGCGGCAGAAGGGCACGGGAACUCAAGGGAGCAUGGGCACAAGGAGCGAGCGGUCUGCAAUGCGGGCGUAUCUCUGUUCGACAGCAUGGGGGAAGCCGGUGGGUAUGCAAUCAGGGGCACGUUCCGUAUACUAUAGAUGAUGGCUUCGACAAGCGGGAGGAGGCCGGGGACAAUACGAUGAUUUCCUGCAAAAA